UUGUGAUGGAGUCCACAUUAGUUCAGUUGUAUGCUGCAGAGAUGAGCACUUGGAUAGCAAACUCCAACCCGAACAUGAAACUUAUUUUGCUCUUCACCGCUUCCUUCACCUGGGCCAUCCAGCAGCAGGGUGAGCCCUCCAAGUACCAAUACCGAGACCCGGUGACCUCUGACCUGCUCUUGUGUGACCAGUGUCCCCCUGGCACGGCCGUGAAGAAACACUGUACUGCUGACAGGGCCACUGAGUGCCAAGCCUGCCCGGAAAGACACUUUGCAGACAGCUGGCACUGGGGUGACUCGUGCCAAUACUGCACCUCGGUGUGCAAGGAGAGACAGUUGGUGAAGCAUGAGUGCAACAGCACUCACGACAGAGUGUGUGAGUGUGCUGCAGGUUUCCAUCUCGUGGUUGAGUUCUGCAUCACACACCGCUCCUGCCCACCCGGCUAUGGAGUGGAAGCUUUAGGUACACCGUUGAGUGAUACAGUGUGCAAGCAAUGUCCCGCUGGUCAUUUCUCCAGCAGCCGCUCCUCCACAGAACCAUGUCGACCCCACAGAAAUUGCACGGAUUUGGGCUUGAAGACACUGAGGUGGGGAACAGCCAAUUCAGACAGCAUCUGUCAGGACCAAAUGAUGGCUGUUGAUUGUGCUCUUCAGCACAAUUUGUGUCACACAGAUGCGCUCCUGUGUGAGGAGGCAGUCUUCCAGUCACUCGCUUCUUUGCAGCUAUCCUCUGUGCCCCUGGAGCGUCUGCUGGAGAGUCUUCCCGGACGGAGGGUAGAUGGUAAAAGCGUGGAGAAUCUGAAGAAGGCCUGUUCUCCGCAGCAGCAAGUCAUCCAGCUCCUACGAUUGUGGAGGCAGAAGAACAAGGACCAGGACAAGCUGUAUGGCAUCAUAAAAGGUGUGAACCACUGUGAGAAGAAGGUCUCCCGCUGCAACACCCUGAAAAAUGUAACUUUCGUCGACCUCUUGGAGGUUACAAACAGCUUGCCGGGAGUUAAAGUUCACCGGGAGGACGUAUCGGCGCUAGUGGCAACAUGUCUGCCCCAGCAGUACAUCCUGAACCUUCUCCACUUGUGGAAGAUGGCCAACUUUGACCUGGAUUUAGUCAAAGGUCUUUCUCACAGUCUGAGGGUGCUGCGCAGCAAAGGGGCACCUCGCUACCUUCUGAAAGGCCUGAAGAAGAUCAGCCGUAUCAUAGGUUCCACCUCCACACGCAAGACGUAUGAAAAGAUGUUCGUUAGCAUGCUGCAGAAUGAGCUGUGCUUUAAAACCCUUAAACCAUUCAAUGAAUGAAGGCAAAAUUUCAGUUAGGGAUGGGCAUUUCACAAAAUUUACUUUAUUCACUUACAAAACAAAGAUAACUAAAUCCUAUUUUUUAAUUAGGUAGAUAGAAAUUGAUGGAAUAGGUGGAAAUUGUCCCUGAGAGUGAAAGUGAAUGUUCCUAUACGUACAAAUGAGCACAGUAAUGCUUUCCAAAGAAUUUCAGCUUCCUGUAGCUUACAUAAAACAAGUAAAUUUUAUUCAAGCUACAAAACAGUUAGCAGUAAAUCAACAGUUUUUGAAUGGUUGCAGUCAAAAAUGCACCUGCCUUCAUCUGAGCUGCUUCAUUCACUUCAGCACGAUCAACAAAUUGACUAAUUAAUUAACUAAUCAUUUUCUAUGCCCAUCCCCAGCUUUGAUUCGCAUUAAACACCUAGGGGGAAUAACACUGAUGAAAUUAGAACACAUAGACAAAUGAGAUAUUACGUAGUUAUAACAGUCAAAAUUUUAGUUGCGCCUACACAGUGUAAAACAUUUUUUGAAACAAACUGUAGUUGUAAUGUGUUAUGAACAUUCCAUUCGUAAUUUUUUGCUACAUUAUUAUUAUGUUCUAGUGUACAUUUGCAUAAUAGGUCACAUGAUAUGAACAAUCUGUAGAACGCUACACAAGUAGCUACAGCUACAUACAUGAUUAGAACGAGGUGUUUAUAGUACCGUACAUUUGUUUUGUAAUAAUUUAAUUAUAUAAAACCUCUUUAAGUGUGAAUAAUUAAUACCCAAAUACUUUUGCUCACUUUCAGUUUUAUGAUGGAUUUCAAUCACAUGAUUGUUUGUUUUUGUUUGUUUGUUUGUUUUUUAGCAAAUCAUUACCUUAUCUUUGGGAGAUAUUUCAUGACAAUAGUUUGAAUAUGUGAAAAGUAAUAUGGAAGCUAUUUAUAAUGUAAAUAUUAUAUGAAAAGUGGGUAAGCAAAUUUGGGUUGUUUUUUUCCUUUGUUUUCUUACUAUUUAAUAGGAAGGAUUUUAUUUCAAAAUGAAAUCCAGGUAUGAGCUAUUUAAUGUAUAUCUUGUGUUUGUAUGACUGCUGGCAAGUGAAGCUUAAUGGAAUUUUUAUUUUGUAUUUGUCAGCUUUAUGAAUGUACAAUUGUGUUCUAUUUAAAAAAAAAAAAAAAAAAAAAAAAAAAGAUUUUAAACUUUCCACUCCAUGUUACGGCUUGUUUUUUUUUCUUGUUUUUUUUUUUUUUCAGAUUGCUGUAUAUGAAACAUUGGACUUUAAAUGCUGCAACUUCUUAAAAGGAUAUAUGUUUUAUAUUUGGUUUUUAUCCUUUUUAUUGUUAUGUACUUUGAUGUAUAUACUCUAUGCCUCAUGUAACAGAA